AUGGCGUUUCACCACAAUCACCUCUCUCAGGACCUCUCCUUCAAUCAUUUCACCGACCAACACCAACCUCCUCCUCCGCCGCCUCCGCCACCGCAGCAGCAACAACAGCAACAGCAACAUUUCCAGGAAGCACCGCCUCCUAACUGGCUUAACACGGCUCUUCUCCGCUCCGACAACAAUUUCCUUAACCUCCACACAGCCACCGCCAACACCACCGCCGCAAGCAGCUCCGAUUCUCCUUCCUCCGCCGCAGCCGCCGCCGCUAAUCAGUGGCUAUCCCGUUCCUCCUCCUCCUUCCUCCAACGAACCGGCAGCAACAACAACAACGCCGCCUCCGGUGCAGCCGUUGUCGGAGACGUCAUCGACGACGUUACAGGAGGAGCGGAGCCGAUGAUCGGCGGAGAGAUGAAGAGCGGCGAUAACAAGCACGACGGAGGAGCUGCAGCGGCGGAGGGCGUGGUGAGCUGGCAGAAUGCGAGGCACAAGGCGGAGAUCCUCUCGCAUCCGCUCUACGAGCAGCUCUUGUCGGCGCACGUCGCGUGUCUAAGGAUCGCAACGCCGGUGGACCAAUUGCCGAGGAUUGACGCCCAGCUUGCGCAGUCGCAGCACGUCGUCGCUAAAUACUCCGCUUUAGGCGCCGGCCAAGGACUCGUCGGCGACGACAAGGAGCUUGACCAGUUCAUGACGCAUUAUGUGCUGCUUCUGUGUUCUUUCAAAGAGCAAUUGCAACAACACGUGCGUGUUCAUGCGAUGGAAGCUGUGAUGGCUUGCUGGGAGAUUGAGCAGUCUCUUCAGAGCUUAACAGGAGUGUCUCCCGGUGAAGGCAUGGGAGCAACAAUGUCGGAUGAUGAAGAUGAGCAAGUAGAGAGCGAUGCUAAUAUGUACGAUGGUGGCUUAGAUGUCUUGGGUUUUGGUCCUCUGAUUCCUACUGAGAGCGAGAGAUCUUUAAUGGAACGAGUUAGACAAGAACUCAAACAUGAACUCAAACAGGGUUACAAGGAGAAGAUAGUGGACAUAAGAGAGGAGAUACUGAGGAAGAGAAGAGCUGGGAAGUUACCAGGAGACACAACCUCUGUUCUCAAAGCAUGGUGGCAAUCUCAUUCCAAAUGGCCUUAUCCUACUGAGGAAGAUAAGGCGAGGUUGGUGCAAGAGACAGGUUUGCAGCUAAAGCAGAUAAACAAUUGGUUCAUCAAUCAGAGAAAGAGGAACUGGCACAGCAAUCCAUCUUCUUCCACUGUCUUGAAGAACAAACGCAAAAGCAAUGCAGGUGACAAUAGUGGAAGAGAGCGUUUCACGUAA